CUCUCGCAGUUCUUCCUCUCUCUCUCUCUCUCCGACUUGAAUCCCAGGCUCUGAAACAUAACCAAGACCAUGAACGCACCCAUAAUCGAUCCAUUGCAAGGAGACUUUCCGGAGGUGAUAGAGGAGUAUUUGGAACAUGGGGUCAUGAAGUGCAUUUCAUUCAAUCGCCGUGGUACCCUUCUUGCUGCUGGGUGCUCUGAUGGAAACUGCGUUAUCUGGGAUUUUGAAACCAGGGGCAUUGCUAAGGAGCUCCGAGAUAAAGAUUGUAUUGCUGCCAUAACAAGUGUCAGUUGGUCAAAGUAUGGUCAUCGUAUCCUUGUAUCUUCUGCUGACAAGUCAUUAACGCUUUGGGAUGUCGUCAGUGGUGAAAGAAUUUCACGCACAACUCUGCAGCAAACCCCUUUACAAGCUCGUCUACAUCCUGGUUCCUCUACUCCAUCUCUUUGCCUGGCAUGCCCCCUCUCAUCUGCUCCCAUGAUUGUUGACUUGAACACUGGUAGCACAACUGUGCUUCCAGUUUUGAUCCCGGACACAAGCAAUGGACUUGUCCCUCAAUCACGGAAUAAAUUCUCAGAUGGAGCUCCUCCUUACACUCCAACUGCUGCUUGCUUUAAUAAGUAUGGGGAUCUUGUUUAUGUGGGGAACUCAAAAGGAGAAAUUCUUAUAAUAGAUUACGGAACUAUCCAAGUGCGUGCCAUGGUUCCUGUUACUGGUGGUGCUGUGGUCAAGAACAUAGUAUUCAGCAGAAGUGGAGAGUAUUUGCUUACAAAUUCAAAUGAUCGGACAAUUAGGAUCUAUGAAAAUCUUCUCCCAUUGAAAGAUGGGCUUAGAGCCCUUGAUGACUUAGACAAGACCGCUAAUGAGCUAGAUGGUGUUGAGAAGUUGAAGGCUAUUGGAUCAAAGUGCCUGACACUUUUCCGGGAGUUUCAAGAUUCUAUCACAAAAAUGCAUUGGAAAGCACCUUGCUUUAGUGGUGAUGGUGAGUGGGUAAUUGGUGGCUCUGCAAGCAAAGGAGAGCACAAGAUUUACAUAUGGGAUAGGGCUGGGCAUCUUGUGAAAAUCCUUGAAGGUCCAAAGGAAGCCCUGAUUGACUUAGCAUGGCAUCCUGUGCACCCCAUUGUUGUCUCUGUUUCCUUGACUGGCUUGGUUUAUAUUUGGGCUAAAGAUUAUACAGAGAACUGGAGUGCAUUUGCUCCUGAUUUCAAAGAGCUAGAGGAAAAUGAGGAGUAUGUAGAACGAGAAGAUGAAUUUGAUCUGGUGCCUGAAACUGAAAAGGUGAAAGAAUCAGAUGUUAACGAGGAUGAUGAGGUUGAUAUAGUGACGGUGGAGAAGGAUUCAGCUUUCAGUGAUUCAGAUAUGUCCCAAGAAGAAUUGUGCUUCUUGCCAGCUAUUCCUUCUCCUGAUAUUCCGGAGCAGCAAGACAAGUGCAUAGAAAGUUCAUCAAAGUUAGUGGACAGUAACCAUUCUGGAUCCCCUCUUUCAGAUGACGCUGGACCAAAUGGACGCACAACAAACCAUGCAUCAAGUCCACUUGAAGAUAAUUCUGCUGCAGAGGAUGCAGUAGCACGCAAAAGAAAGCGGAAGCCUUCAGAGAAGGGGUUGGAGUUACAGGCAGAGAAGGUCAGGAAACCCUUGAAAUCUUCUGGUAGAUUGUCAAAAGUAAAAAGUAAAUCUGUGAUUCAUCAGGAUAAUGGGAAUGGUUUCCUUGGGGAUGAUGUUUCUGACUAGUACGUUUAGAUUUUAAUUUAUAUAAUUUUCCAUUGUACUUCUUAAAUCUCCUUUUCCUACUGGACAACUUAGAGGCUUAGUUUUUCCUUUGUUUUUUGAUUUGUGGUUGGCCUGCCAAAAUGUGUAUUUUCUUUGGAUUCACGCCUGAUUAAAUUAACGCAUGGGUAAAUCAUGAAAGAGAAGAAUUUGGAUAUCUCUUUAGUUUUUGCAGUGUUUCAUGCGUUACCAAGGCACUAAAUCUUUUGGGAUUUUACCAUUGGUAAAACAAGGAGUUAAAGAGAAUAUUGCGUUUGCAUCUUCUUUACCAAGACUGGAAGUGCAAGGUUGAGCAUACUUUAUAGAGGAGACAUUGAAGGAUGAUACAUUUGUUUGAAUGUUGGCAAGCUUGGUGGUGGCUUGUUACCUCAAUCUGUCAACAAAAUGGAAGGCAAUCAGUCAACAUAUGAACAAACUGAGAUCCACAUGAACUUGCACAUUUCAGAACCAGCAGGCAACUGCUUGCCUUCAGCUAUGGUCGAAGCUUGAUCAAAUAUGAAUUUGGAAGCAGGCCCAAUCUUCCUCACAUACAAUACACUAGUAUCCUUGUGACAAGAAAGACUGCAAUUGAUGAUGGAGUUGGACGAAAUGGAUUGAUCAUUUACAGCGAGUUGUUUUCGAGUAAGUCGUGAGCUUUUGCCUGAAAGAAGUGCUCUUUGAAAGUUUUUAUGAGCAGUCACGAUUUGAAUGGUCAUCUCCAGCAAGGCCUUUGCCUUAUUCUAGGCGUCAUUGUUUUGGUUUGACCAUUAUCACCAAUAAACAAGUGUUUUACUUCACUGUUUAAACGACAGGAGGACUUAAUUCCUCAAUGUCUGCAAAACACUGAGCUUGAGAAUUUCUCUAAGCCAUUGAGCUGUCUGGUGGUCACUCAAAGCAUUUCAUAAACA